GCGGCGCCGCACGGCCGACGUGGGGCUCGCGCUCUCGCGGUCUCUCCCGGGCUGGCGGGCGGGCACGCGCAGCUGCGGGCGCGCGCGCGGACGGCCGGGCGGCGGCGGCUGCUGGAGGUGGUGGCUUCACUUUCCUAGACUCAGGGGCAGCCACAGCGGCAGCCCUGGGCAGCAGCCUCCGGAGCCAGAGCUGGAACGGCCGGGGGCGGCGGCAGCGGAAGCGCUGAGGGAUCUAAAAUGUCCACUGAGGCACAAAGAGUUGAUGACAGCCCAAGCACUAGUGGAGGAAGUUCCGAUGGAGACCAACGUGAAAGUGUUCAGCAAGAACCAGAAAGAGAGCAAGUUCAGCCCAAGAAAAAGGAGGGAAAAAUAUCCAGCAAAACUGCUGCUAAAUUGUCAACUAGUGCUAAAAGAAUUCAGAAGGAACUCGCAGAAAUUACAUUGGAUCCUCCUCCCAACUGUAGUGCUGGACCCAAAGGAGACAACAUUUAUGAAUGGAGGUCAACUAUAUUGGGACCCCCAGGAUCUGUCUAUGAAGGAGGGGUGUUCUUUCUUGACAUUACCUUUUCACCAGACUAUCCAUUUAAGCCCCCUAAGGUUACCUUCCGAACAAGAAUCUACCACUGUAAUAUUAACAGCCAAGGCGUGAUCUGUCUGGACAUUCUAAAGGACAACUGGAGUCCGGCCCUAACCAUUUCUAAGGUUCUCCUCUCCAUCUGCUCCCUUCUUACAGAUUGCAACCCUGCUGACCCUCUGGUGGGCAGCAUUGCCACGCAGUACAUGACCAACAGAGCGGAGCACGACCGGAUGGCCAGACAGUGGACCAAGCGGUACGCCACAUAGGGGCCUGCUGCCCGCGCCCGUGCCGGACCUGUGCAAGCACAUUCACCAAGUGCAUCAAUAGCCCUGCCCACCCCUCCAGACCUUGGUUCUUAUUAUCCUAUUUUUAUUAAAUUUGGAACCAUUUUGUGAUGGUAAUGUCAUCUAUCCCUCCUUCCCACUGCUGCUUCCCUCCCUCUCUCUCUCUCUUCCUCUCUCCCUCCCUCUCCCUCUCUCUCUCUCUACCUUUUUCUCUCUCUUUCCCCUCCCUCCCUCUCCCCACAUCUCUCUCUCUUUUCUCAUUGUAUUCCCUUUUUGGUUUCUGUUAACUUGAAAGAUUUGGGAUUUUUUUUCCCCACCUCAACGUGGAUGGGAACUUUUGUUUUCAGUGCAAACAAUGUUGGAUCUGUAAUAGUAAGAGCUUUCUCACAAAGCUUUAUAUUACUGUGUGGUUUUGUUUUUUGUUGUUUGUUUUAUUUUGAUUUUUUUUCUUUUAUGUGGUCUUUGGGAAAAUACAGAUUCAGAGUUAUAUCUCGUUUCUACUUAAAUGUAGUGCUAGGGUUAAUUUUUUGUACUGAAGUCUUUAUUGGUGGGUGCAUGCUACUGGGAACAAGUUUUUGUAUAAAAGCUUCAAUCAGAAUCACUGUGCAUUACUGAGACUCUGUUUAUCACUAGCCUUCUGUCCCCCUUUGCAGAAGACUGUUGGAUUGAACAAAAUAAUAUGUAUUUUGAUUUACUUAAAGUGCUUGUAAAUUUCUUAGGGACCUGCCACUUUUGACUGUGGAUCAGUUGAUGUACACUUGUAUUAUUAUCAAAGCACUCAAUAAAUCACUGUGGCUGAUAACUGCA